CAACCGCUAGCUAUAGACUAGACACUAGCUGGAGAAUUUCGUCUUUCCGACCAGCAAACAAAUGAGAGACGAUUUCAGUCUGUUCGCUUCGCCUUCCUUAUCUUUCAUCUGUUCUCCCAACCCACCCAAAAUCUCGUCCCUUCUCGCACUCACUACCCCGGCCUCGAAUUGUCUGAUUCCUAAUGACAACCCGACUGUCACCUUCCCUAAGGAAGCAUACCAGGUGGACCCGAGACAUCCAGUCUUUGGCUCGAACGGGGAACUGGGAUGGUCUAGUUCGGCUUCUGGAUGACCCGGACGUAAAAGCCGCAGGCUUGCGGUUCGAAUGGCGUAAUCCACUUCAUGAGGCUAUUAUGGGCGGCUAUGUGGAAGUCGUGCAGCGGUUAAUUGACCGUGGCUACAGAGUCGAGGAAAAGGGUGGUGAUGCAUACAACAACCCCUGUAUGACGUCUCUGCAUUUCGCCGCAUGGUAUAAUAAGGCGGAUAUUACUUGCCUUCUUCUUGGGGCUGGUGCGGAUCCUAUCAGACUCGAUCAGAAUGAUCGAAGAAUUCGUUCCAAAGAGGUUCUAUGGCAAGCUCAGAUUGAAGUCUUGCGACUUCUUCUCGCAAGAGGGGCAAACCCAAACUGGACAUACGAUGAGAUGUCUUUGCCAAUCUUAUACUACGCAGUCUCGACGGCGCAGGGUAUGGAAACAAUCCAAAUGCUGCUUGAUCACGGUGCAGACAUGGAGGCCCUUAGCCCAAUGGGUGACACUCUACUGUAUGUUGCAGUCCAGAAUGGAAAUCCUCAGGUUGUUCGCUCUUUUCAGCAAAUGAGCGACCGAAUUAAUGAAAGACUGGUGAACUUUGGGAGCGGGGACAUGUAUCAACCGGUCGGCGGGUCUCUGCUGCACGUCGCGGCAUAUCAGGCACCCCUGGAGACUGUAGAGCUGCUGCUCGCAAAUGGCGCGGACCCUUCAGCGCGGGAUGACAAUGAUGCCCUGCCUUUUCACUCGGCGUGCAAGGCUGGUUGUUUAGAAGUCGUGAAGCUGCUCUGGACAAUUUCGCGAAAUAUUUUGGAUAACCUGGCAAACGACUUGACCAAGGACGGUUGGUCUCCCUUUCUUCUAGCCGCUCAGUAUGAAGCAAUUGGUAGUGAAUUUCCUCUCCUAUCGUUUCUUAUCGACCAGGGCGCGGAAGUAAACUGCAGCUCCCCCGACGGCUGGAGCCCUCUCCACCGUGUCAUGGGUUUUAGGAACAUUGCCUGCAUGGAGUUUCUCUUAGAAGCUGGAGCCAAGCUUAGUCGAACGGUAGCGGGUGAGACAGUUACAUAUCGCAAUGAGAGGUUGCCAGUUGGAUGCCUUGGAAUACAUCCUUCAACAUGGGGCAGAUAGGGAUGUGAACACCAAGGAUGAACUCGGACGGGCUCCGUUGUCAUUCUAUG